UGCAUUUUCCAACACUUUCAUCUGUCAAUUUCUUUUACGUCUAGCUUUCGUUUCCUCUAGGAUAUUGAACAGCAAUAGCAAUGGCAAAGACCAAGGGUGAGAAACGCAACAAGUCCGCCAUCACGGAAGUCGUGACUCGCGAGUGCACCAUCCACUUGGCCAAGCGGGUGCACAACAUCGGCUUCAAGAAGCGUGCGCCCCGCGCCAUCAAGGAGAUCCGCAAGUUUGCCGAGCGCGAGAUGGGCACCAAUGAUGUGCGCAUUGACACACGUCUCAACAAGCACAUCUGGUCCAAGGGUAUCAGAUCUACGCCUUUCCGCGUACGUGUGCGCCUGGCGCGUCGCCGCAACGAUGACGAAGAUUCACCCAACAAACUGUACACAUUGGUGACCUACGUGCCCGUGCCCACGUUCAAGAGUUUGCAAACGGAGAACGUUGAGGUCAGCGACGAAUAAACAAAAACAACUACAUUUUAAAACGCCGCUAACGGAAUAA